AUGUCCAGGAAGAAGACUCCCAAGAGCAAGGGGGCCAGCGCGCCCCCCGCCUCGGUGCUCCCCGCCGCCAACGGACCCCGGGCGGCGCGCCCCGGCACUGCGCGCCUCGGCCCCCCGGGGCCGCCCAACGGGCCCCCGCCGCCCGGCCGGCCCUCCCUGGGCGGCGGUGGCGAUUUCUACGACGUCGCCUUCAAGGUCAUGCUGGUGGGGGACUCGGGCGUGGGGAAGACCUGCCUGCUGGUGCGAUUCAAGGAUGGGGCGUUCCUAGCAGGGACCUUCAUCUCCACCGUGGGCAUCGACUUCCGGAAUAAAGUUCUGGACGUGGAUGGCAUGAAGGUGAAGCUGCAGAUCUGGGACACAGCUGGCCAGGAGCGGUUCCGCAGCGUCACCCACGCCUACUAUCGUGACGCACACGCACUGCUACUGCUCUAUGAUGUCACCAACAAGGCUUCCUUUGACAACAUCCAGGCCUGGCUGACCGAGAUCCAAGAGUAUGCCCAGCGCGAUGUGGUGCUCAUGCUGCUAGGCAACAAGGUGGAUUCUGCCCAGGAGCGUGUGGUGAAGAGGGAGGACGGGGAGAAGCUGGCCAAGGAGUAUGGGCUGCCUUUCAUGGAGACCAGCGCCAAGAUGGGCCUCAACGUGGAUUUGGCCUUCACAGCGAUAGCAAAGGAGCUGAAGCAGCGCUCCACAAAGAGCACCAGCGACCUCCACUUCCAGCUGCAUGACUAUGUCAAGAGGGAGGGCCGCAGGGCCUCCUGCUGCAGACCCUGA